AUGAAUAUAACUAUUGAGAAAGGGACUAUUAUAUUUGUGCCAACAUUAGCUAUCAGUUACGAUGAGAAAUACUUCCCAGAUCCCAACAAAUUUGAUCCAGAGAGGUUUUCGCCCGAGAAUGAGAGUAAAAGACAUCCUUGCGCUUUUAUGCCUUUUGGUACUGGACCUCGAUACUGCAUCGGUAUGCUUAUUGCAAGAUUCCAGAGUCGCCUGUGCGUGAUAAAGCUGUUGCGCAAUUUUCGUGUCGAAGUAUCCAAGAACACGCCAAAGACUAUCUCAUUUGAUCCAGAGCGCGUUGUUACUGCACCAAAAGGAGGGAUACAUUUAAAUCUUAUUCCAAGAAAGAAGUGA